UAUCUUGUAUCUUACGACCAAAGUAUCUUGCCCAUCCCUGAUAAUUAUUUACUUAAUAAUUGGCAACUUGACCGGUAAUAAGUAAGUACUAAAGUGAUAAUAGGAUGAACUGGAUUUUACCAUUUUCGCCGCUUUGAAGAAGCAAAUGACUGCUUUAAUAUAGAUCUGUAUCUGUUAAUAACCACUUUAUUAGCAAGUCGGCUAAAAUUAUGUCUGCAAUUAUCCAUACUACAAGUAUUUUGAGGAAUGACAAUUGAUUUGUAUGACCACUUUUGACUCGUAUCGUCUGUUAAGAAACUGCUGUUAAUUUGAUGACUACGUACACAAAUAUAUUCUGUACACCGUUUAUAAAGUAAUAUUUUUAAAUUACCAUUAAUAUCACUAAUCAGUUACAUAUGUAUUUUAUAAAGUGUUAAACCUGUUGCAUAAUGAAGUACACUCUAACUAAUUUGGUACCACAGUGCCCUAUUUUUAGGCAAGCAUUACGGAGGCGUUUCGUCACCAAGAAAAAAAAUCCUUGGUUAAAACUCAUCCACGAUACAGCUUUCACAUAAAACACAAUGUACAUUUUUAUUACCUCAACAAUAUUUUUUUUGUAGAAAGUAUUAAUUUUUUGGUAACGACGACAUAUGCUUUUAGCACUUUAUUUGUUAUCUUGUAUACCUGCGUAGGUACUUGUUUCUCCUUGGUGAGACUACGUCUACUUAAUCACUUCUCCAAAUUAGAGGACUGUAGUACCCCCGAGGGUGACAAUUUGUCUAUUAAUUAUUUAGAGUGUAGCACAAAGCAGAUUGACACAUUUUUAUUAAAUCGUAUCAGGUAAUAACCAGCAUUUUGACGAUGCAUGUGAAAUAUAGUAAAGUUACAUAAUGAAAACUAGAAAUACGACUCUUUUGUCAAAUUAAUUAACACGUUAAAAACGAUAGUAAUAACAUCAAUCGUUUGUACAUAAAUAUGCACUGUUGGCCAGACUACUUAAUAAAACAUCAUUUUUGUGUAAUUGUUUCUUUAUGUAAAUCUUCUAUUUUGCCUUAUUGAAAUAUAAACAUAUCCAGUUUUUCCUAGAUUCACGACUUACACAACUUAUUGCACACCUCGGUCACAGGGUAAAAAUAAACAGCAAUUUGCACUACACCACGUUUUACGUUCAACUCAACACUGACGUCAAGUUGAAAACAUACAAAAACGCUGCGUUUUUUAAUCAUUAAGAUUUAUUUAGUCGAACAGAGACUACUCAAUUCUUGACUACUUACGUAUUUAUCCACAUCAUGAGGAAAGUAAAGAUAGCAACAUUGCCAGAAAAUGGUCAACAAGAAAACUUGUCGGACGGAAGCAUGGAGAAAGUUACGGUGGUCAUCGACACAAAAAGAGACGAGAAAAAUAAAACUACAAGCGGAGAGGAAAUUAAUAGAAAUAAUACGAUUUAUUACGACCGAGUUGUAAAACAGGAUGGAUCAUUCAACUUUAGAAAUUCACAUGUGCAACAUAGACACAAGAAAUUUAUGGUCGAUAUUUUCACAACUUUAUUAGAAGAAAUCAGGUGGAGAUGGACAGUACUCGGAUUCUUUGUGGUGUACCUGAUGUCAUUUGUUUGUUUCGGGACGUGUUGGUAUCUAAUUUUGUACAUGCAUGACGACCCACGCCAUUUCGGCGACCCCAACUGGACCCCUUGCAUCACCGGGAUGCAGAACUUAACUUCCGCCGUCUUAUUCAGUAUUGAAACCCAGCAAACGAUUGGGUACGGUUAUUACCACGUGACGGAGGAAUGUCCCCUGGCGGGAGUCUUGCUCUUCGUGCAAACCGUGUGGGGCGUCAUCCUCGAGGGAACCGUGGUGGGGCUCGUCUUCAUAAAAAUGUCACGUGCCAAACAGCGCAGUGAGACUAUUAUGUUCAGCAAGAAUGCCGUCUUGACGAUGCGGGAUGGUGUAAUGAACUUCAUGUUCAGGAUUGGAGAUAUGCGAAGCACGCACCUUUGCGAAGCGCACGUUAGAGCGCAACUAAUCCGCAAGCGGAGAACACCAGAGGGCGAAAUUAUAAAUUACGCACCUCAAGAACUUGCCGUUGGAGGUGAUGGAGAACUUGGAAGCACAAUUUUACUCUUUUGGCCGACCAUGAUUGUUCAUCCGGUUACUUGUGACAGUCCAUUAUUCGACAUUGUCCAAGAUUUCCACGAGUAUGACGAAGAAUCUUUUGAAAUAAUUGUGAUCCUGGAGGGAAUUGUUCCGUCCACGGGAAAUUGUACGCAGGCCAGAUCAUCUUAUCUACCUUCCGAGAUUUUAUGGAAACAACAGUUUGAAGCGAUAUCAUGUACAAAAUCACGUUCCGGCGAACGAGUCAUUGAUUACGCAAAUUUCCAUAAAACAAUUCCCAGCACUAUUUUGAACAAACGGAUGUCCAUCUUUCAACAUUCUGACGAUGUUAAGGAACCCCUGCGCAAGAGGGGUUCAAUUUUCCAGCAAUUACGUGGAAUAACCCCGGCGUAGAUUUGUAAUCUCGCUUUUCACUUAAUCAACGUCUUUAAAUGCAAAUGCAGAACAUUUGUUAUCAAACUCGAAGUGCUAGAUGGCAUUCAUAUCUAUAGCCUCGUCAGAAAUAUGAUUCUACGACGUAACAAUAUGAUUGCCUGCAUACAUAUAUAUUAUCUUAUCAUGCUGGAUUAUACAUAUGUAUGCCUGAGCGAUUGUUAAUGAAGUACGCUUUCAAAAAACAAACGAAAGCAGUAUGUAUAAAGUGCUCAUUUCGCUCUACAAUUUACUCAUACAUAUCAAUUGUGUAAAAGAUUUAAAAGUUAUUAAUAAAUAAUUUAGUACAAUGCCAUUUCGGCCA